CUUUCUCCUCCAACUUCUAAUCCGCUCGAGCCAAACUCCGCGCAACCAGAAUCGCAGGGCGAAGCUGGAGGCUCAGGCUGGACUUGUUGAUCUCCGUUAGCAAGAAGCGAAAGGGAGAAAGAAGGAAAGGCGAGAAGAAGGAGAGAGGCCCGCGCUCCCUGACUGCGAGCGGCGGGCGCUUCCUCCCCGCUGGGCCCGGGCCCCGCGCGCGGCGUCGGCGGAGCUGAAGGUGGGGCUUGGGCGAGAAGCGCAGCCGGAUCGGCGCGAGGGCCUGCGAGACGCUUGUUGCGACGGGGGGCGCCUCUUGAGACCCACGGAGACGCCUUGGCCCGGGGGGGGGGGAGCUGCUGCCUUCGCUCUCCUCAUCCGGCUGCUGAAGGGGUUAUCCUGGGAUUUCGUCCCCGGUGGGGUUUUCUUUUUCCCCCUGCCCGCCCCCCUCCCCAUCUCUCGCCGCCGCCGCCGAGGAUGCCCGCGACGCCUUCCUGCCUGCUGAGCUAGCCCGGAGCAGGAUGUAGCCAGCGAGCGAGCCAGCUGGCCGACCGAUGCCCUCGCCGCCCCCCGGAACCCCACGGCGCCUCCUUUCUCCGGGAUCGUGGCAAGAGAAGCAUGGAGGAGAAGGAGGACAGAUGAAGAGGUCCUGCUGAGAAGUGUGAGUGCCCUGGAAGCUUUCAUCAGCCUGUUCCAGCCUUCCUGAGACAAGCGAUGCCUGCGGGGAUGAAUAAGCAUGGAUCUCGAUCGACUACCUCUUUGCCUCCCGAUCCCAUGGAGAUUGUCAGGAGCAAGGCCUGCUCCAGAAGGGUCAAGCUUAAUGUGGGUGGCUUGGCCCACGAGGUUUUAUGGAGAACCCUGGACAGGUUGCCACGGACAAGGUUGGGUAAGCUCAGAGACUGCAACACCCACGAAACCCUUAUGGAUAUAUGUGACGACUACAACUUGGAGGAGAACGAGUAUUUCUUUGAUAGGCACCCAGGGGCAUUUACUUCUAUCUUGAACUUUUACCGCACUGGCAAGCUGCACAUGAUGGAGGAAAUGUGUGCCUUGUCCUUCAGCCAAGAACUGGACUAUUGGGGGAUUGAUGAGAUCUAUCUGGAGUCCUGUUGCCAGGCAAGGUACCACCAGAAGAAGGAGCAGAUGAACGAGGAGCUCAAGAGGGAAGCAGAAACAAUGCGAGACAGGGAAGGAGAGGAAUUUGAUAACACCUGCUGCGCUGAGAAGAGGAAAAAGCUCUGGGACCUUCUGGAGAAGCCCAAUUCUUCUGUAGCAGCCAAGAUUUUGGCAAUCAUUUCCAUCAUGUUCAUCGUCCUCUCUACAAUUGCCUUGUCACUCAACACUCUUCCUGAGCUCCAAGGCACAGAUGAAUAUGGAAAUCCCACCGAUAACCACCAGUUAGCCCAUGUCGAGGCUGUGUGCAUUGCAUGGUUUACAAUGGAAUACCUCUUACGGUUCCUCUCCUCUCCUAAGAAAUGGAAGUUUUUCAAAGGGCCACUGAAUGCUAUUGACUUGUUAGCCAUCUUGCCAUACUACGUAACCAUCUUCCUCACAGAGUCAAACAAAAGUGUACUUCAGUUCCAGAAUGUGCGGAGGGUCGUUCAGAUAUUCCGUAUCAUGAGGAUACUCCGAAUUCUCAAGCUAGCUCGGCACUCCACCGGUUUGCAAUCCCUGGGAUUUACGCUGAGGAGAAGCUACAAUGAGCUUGGCUUGCUCAUUUUGUUUCUGGCCAUGGGGAUUAUGAUAUUUUCGAGCUUAGUGUUCUUUGCAGAAAAAGAUGAGGAGGAUACAAAAUUCAAGAGCAUCCCAGCAUCCUUCUGGUGGGCAACCAUAACUAUGACAACAGUUGGCUAUGGAGACAUCUACCCUAAAACACUCUUAGGUAAGAUCGUCGGUGGCUUGUGUUGCAUUGCUGGUGUCUUAGUCAUUGCCCUCCCUAUACCAAUCAUUGUAAAUAACUUCUCUGAGUUCUACAAAGAGCAGAAGAGGCAGGAAAAAGCCAUCAAGCGCAGAGAAGCUCUUGAAAGAGCAAAAAGAAAUGGGAGCAUUGUGUCCAUGAAUAUGAAGGAUGCUUUUGCCCGUAGUAUAGAACUGAUGGACAUAGUCGUUGAAAAAAAGGGAGAAAAUGCAGGCAAAAAGGAUAAAAUUCAGGACAAUCACUUAUCCCCAAGCAAGUGGAAAUGGGCCAAGAGAUCUCUCUCCGAAACUAGCUCCAACAAAUCUUUAGAGACAAAGGAACAAGGGUCACCAGAAAAGGCUCGCUCAUCUUCCAGUCCUCAGCAUCUGAAUGUUCAACAGCUGGAAGACAUGUACAGCAAAAUGGCGAAAGCUCAGUCCCAGCCCAACCUCAACAUGAAGGAGUCAGGUCAACCCAACAAGCAAAAGGAAGAAUUAGAAAUGGAAGCUAUUCCUGGCCCUAUGGUCCCUUUGCUGACCACUCGGGCAGAUGGAAUAAUUGACAUGAGGAGCAUGUCAAGUAUUGACAGUUAUAUAAGCUGUGCUACAGAAUUUCCUGACUCCGGGAGAUAUUCCCAUAGCCCACUAACUACGCUGCCUAACAAAGGUGGGAUAAAUCCACUUCAGGAUCCAUAUAGGCCAGAGGGAAGCGGGUCCAGAUUCAUGGAGAUAAAACCAAAUCUAGAAAGCAGUCGUUGCUCUACGUUUUUCAUAGAGAGCCCCAAAAGUACCAUAAAAGUCACCAAUCCUCUAAAAUUAAGAUCCCUGAAGGUUAACUUUAUGGAAGAGGAUGCCAUAGGACCAACAGCAUCAAAUGUCCUGAGAAUAUACCCAGAUCCCCUCAAGAGCAAAGGAGCAACAGGAGCAGCUACAGAUAGUUCUGGCCACUCUGAUCGGUCUUUAAUGAGUCCAGAAACCUCUAUCUAUACUACUGCAAGUACUCGAACACCCACAAAAUCCCCCGAGAAGCAGGCAGCAAUAGUUUUCAACUUCCACGAUGCUGGGAUACAUAAAUAUAUCGACGCCGACACUGAUGAUGAAGGUCAGUUGCUGUAUGACUCAAGCCCUCCCAAAGCCCCACCAGGAAACCCAGCUCCCAAAUACAGCAUUACACAUGGUGGCUAUUUAAGGCAAAGGGAUAGUGUUUAUAGAACAGAGAAGAACCACUUAGAGACUGCUGCUUUACCCUCCUCACCCAAGCUAAUUGGGCAAAAUUGCCUUUAUUCCAUGGAAAGUAUCACUGGAAGAACCCGUGGUAACCAGGGAACUAUCAAAUUAGAGAACCACAUUUCACCCGAGGUUCACAUAUUACCGGGUGGAGGAGGACAUGGUAACACACAUGAUCAAAAGAUCUGACAUGUAACCCAGAACUUUUGGUGAAAGCUGAAAAGGAAUGCCUUUACACUCAACACACGAAGAAGAGCUUCUGCAUGGCAUGAACUUUUGACUGAAACAAGCCACCUGUUUUUUAAAAGCAAGAGGAUGCCCUCAAGGUGGGCUCAGGAAUAAGUCCUUCUCUGGAUCCACUACAAAGUUACUGCCCACAGCCAUCAACUGAAACGAAGAUUGUGCAUCUUGGUCAUAAUUUGAUCUCCUUUCAACUUCCUUCAUUGAAGUUAGUGUGACCAAAUAUUCCAUUCACUCCCCCCCCCCUUUUUGAUGGAUCUCUUAUAUGUGGCAGUAUCAGCACCCGACACUGCAGUACCCCUUUAAAGGAGACCAAGGUGGCCAGAGUCAAAUACUGGAAGAAAUGGUUAGGUGUGGUAAGAAUAAUCAGUGAUGCAACACUUUUUGCAUGAGGGCAACUGUUUCAAACAUCCCCAGGUAUGCCUUCUUCUCUGAGGGAUACGAGGUCGAAAGGUAACAGAACGGGCUGGUUAAAUUGCGGAUUCAGUGAAUUGAGAAAUAAACUGUUUAAAUUCUCUGUGUGUGCUUAAUACUUCAAGAUUCAUUGAGACCUGAAGUUUUCUUUAUAAAAAAGUAACAGCAGGGUGAGUUGCACCACUUGUAUCUAAAUCCAAAACACCCCUUCAAAAUUAUAGCUAAGAAUAGCACUUAUUACUGCUCAUAGUAACACCAAAACAGAGAUCAGGAAAGCAGUUUUUAAAACUGAGAUUAGAAAGGCACUUUUCAAACUGAAAAGACAAUGGGAAUGGGUGUGUGAAGGAAGCAUUGUUCUGCUGUUAUGGGUGAGAGGGUUUGGUUGGUAUUCUUAGAAGGGAGCAACCAAGAUGUAGCUGGCCCUUUUGUGUGUUGGGGGAAGGCUACUACCCAAAACCACAACCAUAAUGUAAACGAAAGGACAGUGCAACCCCUGGAGAUUCUGACCAAAGCAUUAACCUGGAAGUCCAUACUGGCUUUAUGAUCAUCUCCAGCAAAAAAGGGGCUAAAGUUAAUAGUAUGAAAAGGCAUUAAAUGUCGGCUCCCUGAAUUAUUUGCACAUCCUUUCAUGGCUUACACCUAAUCUGUUAUCCAUGCCAGAAGAAUCUUUCUGCCACAUUCUGCACUUAAAUAGCGCAGAAUGAAAAGAUAUGCAAGUUUUAAAAACAUAAAUAUGCAAAAAUAGUAACAACAAUCCUAAGAAAUUAGCCGGAUCCUCCUCUCAUUUGGACUGGUUGUGAAUCAUAAGAGGCUCCCGCUGGGGUUUCACAGGUGUGGUGUAAAUGAGAAGAGAAUCAAGUUUCAAAUAUUUUGUUUUUAAACUGGCCGUUUUAAGGAAAACCAUAAAAACCAGCUUGGAUUUAUAACGUAGGCUGGUAUAUUAAAUCUUGUAUCAUAUAGGUUUGCUGAUAUCAAAAGCACUUUAUGUUGAUUUUAUUAUUGCGUUUGACAAAGGUGGCGUAGAGAAGCAGAGAGAAUGUAUUUUUUUAAAUAAAAAACAAACAACCUAGCACUUUAAAACAAGCACUAUCUUGAUUUGUGCCUCGUCACAUCUGUGAUUUGUUACCCACCUGGUAACGAACUGCGAUAACUGUGAUGAUAACACUUAAUGUUGUGUCCAUUGUUGCUGUAGUAUAUGUGUCAUUGAAAGUUUGACUUCUCUUUCAGGGUACACAGUGUAGUAUAAGAGGUGGGCAGUAGGAGAAGAAACUUCAGGUUACUGCCUUCCCCCCCAGAAAACACAUGUGAAAUAGACAUGAACUAAACUUCGGAGCAAUUUGGUAAAAGUAGUAUAGAGAAAUGUCAUGUUCUUAUUUUCUUCCUACAAUAAUAAUAUGGAUUUUGUUCACUUUUCUAGGAAGAUACCAAAAUAUUGCAUAUGGGCUAUAUGCAAUAUUUUCACUGGCCAUAUUCAAGGACUGAGGUUUAAAAACCUGGGAACAGUGCAGUUUUUUGGCCAGUACAUCAAAUUAAGGUUGCUUCCAGCUGGGUGUUUAUUAUGGGAUGGGUGCUCCUCAUGCAUGCAGAUUUUUCGCAGCAUCCACAUUACAUUGCUGGCAUCAAAAUGCCGGCCUGUAUUCUCUCCUGCCCCCAUAUCAUCUGGAUUUAGCCUUCCCCGGGCGAAACCCAAAACGUUAAAAAAAAAAACCUGUUGUCAGUGACCUGUGUGCAGUAUCUGAAUGGCCCAUUUACAAUAUUAAGCCUCCAUUUAACCUUUUAGGUUACUCCACAGUAACCUUUUUAGACAUGGGUAUUUUAUCAGUGAAGUGCAUUGCACCUACAGUGGUGCAUAAACCACCUGCAUGCUACAGGCCUCAAGGCUCAAUUUUUCUGAAAUGAAAAGCUGUCAGUAAUAUACUGCGCUCCUGAAAAAGACUACCCCACUAUCUGGAUAUACGUGUUUCGUUAAACAGUUACGUUUCCAAUGUCAUAUAGUCGUUGGUUGGUCAUGACUGUCAUUCUUGUCCAUUCAAGCUGUACUGUACUCUUGCCUCUAAUGCACACAGCGUGGAUGGACAAAAGCAAUAAGCGCAUUGGGGUUGUCAUUAUCGCUUUGUUAAGUUAGACCUCUGGCUGGCACAAUAUUAUAUGUAGGUAUGGAGAUGUUGCACACUGGCUGAAUUAUUCAGUAAUCCAGUACUGUUGGGAUUACUGAAUAAUUUCCCAAUAUUUCCAGAGAGGCCUUACGGUUAUGCUAUUGUCCUAUUCACUCACAUGCGCAUAAGACAGAUCAAGAUAUGGAUAAGCUCAAAUUGUGUACAGUUUAGGCCAGUAAAAGUCGGAUAAGCUCCUUUCCGUGCAAGAAGUCACACAGUCAGCAGCCGAAAAUGUACCUCUAUAUUCAAAAGUCUCAACAGAAUAGCAUAUUUGAAAAGAACACCCCCUACCCCAAGUUAGAAGUCCGUCUUUGUUCAUUCAAAACUUGCAUUAAGGGUGAGCCUCGCAGUAAUUCAUACAAUGUACUUAGAAGAGUUAAGUUGUAACAAUCAAAUAAUUAUUAGGAACUAAUGAUACAGCAAAUGAGCUUUAAGCAUAUUAUUGCAGUGAUCCAUUCUUAAUUAAACUGACAAUUAAGUGAGUUCCAUUGAACUCGGGAAGCUUCCUUCAUGUUUAGGGCUAGACUCUGGGAAAGAUUAUUUUAGGGAUGAAAACCAAUUGCUACAGAAAACUCCCAUGUAUUUUAAGUGAGGGGAUGUUAAAUAGUUUCAACACUGGGAUUGACAGGGAGGCAAGACCUAGACUGCUUAUGUGCUUAAGCAAAGGCAAGUGAAUUAGGUCAUUUGCAAGUCAAACCCCUAAAUUGUUUGUGUUAAAAGUCUGUCAUGUCCAUUAUCAGCACAAAUGUUUUAAAUAAAAACAAAUUCAGGGAAAAAUUACUUUUUGAUAUAUAAAAAGUAUACAAUGGUGAUUUCCACAUUGCAUAUUUUAGAGCUGAUUCUUUCAUGUAAAAAGUUUUCAGAGGAAUUGUAUUUUUCAUAUCCGAAAGCAAAUGCGUUUGACUAUAGCCAUAUAGAGAAAAAGUAUUUAACAAAUCGCUAUUGGAAAUGAGACAUUUGAGUUCCUAGAUGACAGUCACAAGAAUCGCAGCGUUUAAAAAACAAACCUGGAAUAUCAACUGGUGCAACUCUCCUUGUAACCAAAGGCCCUGUUAUUGCCUUGCGUGGACAUAGUGUGACACAAAACUAUCAUUCAUCUAGCGCAAACUUCUCAAGUAGCAUGUUACCAGGGUCACUUUUGACAGCUUUGUUCAAAAGUAUCAUAAAGUAUCUAUCCUUUGAGUGUGAACCGCCAAAGUCCUAUAGAUUUCUUAUAGAAAGAGAAUAAUUAAAGAUGGGCAUACACUAUGCUCAAAAACAUUUCUUUCUUCUGUUUGUGAAAGUGUUAUUCUAGCUCACAUUUUUUGCCCCACAAAAAAACAAACCAACAUGGAUCUCUGGGGCAAACCGCACUGCUAUGAAUGGGUUCUACACAAAACCGUGGCAAUGGUCCUGUAUCUUCUGUUCAUUUCAGUGCAGCUUGCGCUGGAGAACCUAGGAUUGUGUCCUAUGGUUAAUUUAAAUUAAAUGAUGCCUGACAAUGAACUGUUUUGUACAAACUAAGUAUAGAUGUAUGAGCACUGGGAAAUCUACUCUGAACUUUUGAAAAGCAUUUGGAAUGAAAGCAAAAAUCCAAAAGAAUUGGGGAAGGGUCUGCACUCAUCACAAAAGGGGAAAGUAGUGGGUUUUGUGGGUUUUUAGGGGGACCACAAUGCAGAAAUCCAUAAAGUAUUGAAAUAACGCCUCUGUACAAUUUGCUUGUUUGUUAGAUGCAUAGCUGGCCCCUUCACUAGCUGAACUUGCCAAGAGGAGGUAGAAUGAGCAAACACUCUGGGUGGUAAACCAGUUGCUGUGGCCCUACAGUAAAACAAACAAGCAGGAGUCGCAUUUGAUGUGUCUCUUGAAGGGCUGUCCCAAUUCAGACUGCUGAAGAGAGAAUGAAAUCUUUUAAAUUUCACUCUGUGAAAACACAAACAUUCAAAACACCGGCUGCCUGAAAUAGGCAAGGCCAGCUUCAGGUUUGAAGGAGCCUGGGACAAAGCAUGCUCAGGUGAGCUCCCUCCUCUGUCAUUGGGCUCUGCUGGUCUUCCCUAGUGGCAGCAAUCAGAGCAGCACCAGGUGGCUGUUGCCCAGCUGCCAUUUUGAUUUCCCACAAUGCCUUCAACACAGCACACUGCACUGAGGCAUGGUGGAAAAUAAGCAUGGUAUCUAGACUAACUGCCGGGUCUUCGCUUAAAAUGCUGGGCCAAAAAAAUAUUAAAGGAGGGUCAGGGCAAGCAACAGCCAGAGCUGGAGGCCCAGGAGCUGCCCAGGGGUGCUGGGUGCCCAGGAAAUGGUACUGCCCAGCACACAAAUAUCAAGCAGAACUUGUUUUCUCGUUAAAUCUUUUUUUCUAAAAGAUACAGAGAUGCAUGAGAGAGAAAAAAGAGAAUCCAGCAAACAAUAAUGAGCAUACAAGAUGAGAGAAAGUGGAGUGUAGGUACAGUAUCUACUUUGUAAACAGACCAUUUGCUGGGAUGGUGAGAAAAAAAAUUCCAGAGCAAUAGCUCCUAAACUAACCAUAGUUAAAUGGUCCUCUUGACCCAAUAAACUUUAUUGGCAGAAAGUAUUCACUCGGUGUUUGAUCAUCAGCACUUUCCUUUUUUUAAAUCUUUGCCUAUGUGCUAUGCACCAUGCAAAUAAACAAACAUAUUACAGGGCAGAAUUCGCUUAACAAGUCCCAUGAGCAGACACUCUGCUCAAGGACUUCCAUUUGUGCAACAGUGGUUUCCCCUCUCUCCUCCCCCCAAAAUUGGCUCAGGUGGGUCAGCAGAACCCCCAGAACUGGUGCAUAGAACUGUGUGCUGGGGGAGGAGAGGGAAAUCAUGCCAUCUGACAAACCAAAAUGGUUAUGCAGAUGGAAUCAUUAGACAAGUGUGACAGUGAAUUCCUCCCGUCGUUUCUGCAGUUGGUGGGCCUUCCACCUUGUACCUGCCUCAAUCUUUGUUUGCCUGACCCAUGAUGGACAGCAAAUGGGUUGAAAAGAACAAGUGCAGACCUUGCACUUAGCUGAGGGGCAACAAUUCUCUCAGCUGCUAGCUUGCUUCUUCUUCUUUCCUUUAGCAAAAAAAGAAAAUAGCCGUGUUUAUGAUUAUGGUAGAUUUCUCAGUGCCUUUUUUCAUAGAAACAUCACCUAAGCACACUUCAGGAACAUGAAGAGCAUUGUCCUGUCCUACGGGUGGUCCACAUUUUAUGAAAGUCUUGAGAAUCAAUGAUUGCAAAAGAAGAAAAAGGUGACCCGCAGGAUGCGUAUUUCUUCCCCGCACAGACUGUGUGGCAAAGGGCCUGAGGAAUUUCCCCCCCUGCGUAUAUCACGUUGCAUCCAAAGCAGUGUGACGUGUUACCUUAGCAACUAUGGCUAUCAUAAACUGUAGCCUUCCCUUCCCUUUGCAGCUAAUAAGGUACAAGAUUUUUAAGCAAAACAGUAUUCUCUUCUGUAAAAAAAAAAAAAAAAGACUGUAAUGUAUUGAUAAUAUUUGUACCUAUUCUAUAUUUAUGUCUUGACAAAAUGACGACUGGUACUAACUUGUGAUUCGUAUAACGGGGGUAUUUCAAGCUCAUGUGGAGGUUACUAAAGCCGCAUUCUCUCAACUGAUACAUUCCACAUGACAUUUGGUAGAUCAGAACACUCUUCCAAAGCACCCUUGCCAUGCCAUUGGUACAAUCGCCACACAAAGCAACAAUAGCAGUGGGUAUUCUGUGGCAUGGCUAAAACACUAAUAUAUGUGAACGUGGAUUCGCACAGCCUGCCCACAUGCCGGUUAUCACAUGAUGGGCUUAUUGUAUGCCAAGCUUUGCUCCACCAUGGGAGUGCUAAAUCUGAGGCACUCUUACUUGCUUCCACAGCUGCCAGCUCCCCAAUGCGUUCCACCAGGCAACUGGACAAAAAUCCAGCUGUCAGCAUUUAAGGGAGAAAAUUAACAUAUCCUUCCUGCAUCGUGAUGAUGCGGGAUGCUGCAGCUGUGGACGUCCUCUUCCCCUAUCUCACUACUUAGCUGCCUAACAACCUCUGUCUGUCAACUAGCCUUAACAGUACUCAGCUUCUCAAGAGCCCUUCUUAAAGGGGAUAGAUGACAUGGUGCCCUUUGGGUGUUGCUGGACUUGAGGCACAGGGAGAAAUUGGAUUUGACUCACAUUUAAAGGCCAAUCUACAAAAUUCACACUUUCCGAGAAAAUAUGUGAACCCAAACACAACUGUUCUUUAAAAAUUCACUCAUCUCCAAAUUUUGCGACAGAAGUAAGAUGUACGAAAAUGCAUAUAAUAGGGUAAAGUGUAUAUUUUUUUAAAAAAAAAUGUAUUGUUGAAAAUAAUGUUUGGGGGAAUGGCAUUGCAAAAAUAUGUAUAUUAAGCAGAACUGAGUACAAAAAUGUGCCUGUUUGGAAAAAGUAACACUAAAAGGCUGGUGAAUUCUCAUGAGGAUUUCUUAAAAGAUAAUACCAACUGCUGCAGAAAUUCAAGAUUGGAAAAAUGAGAAACGAAACCGACAGAGCCAUCCAUUCCCAGUUAGCCACAACUCCUAUCAUCCCUGACCAUUAGCUUUUCUGGCAAGGGCUCAUGGGAGUUGUAGUCCAAAAACUUCUGGAGGGCACCAUGUUGACUCCCCAUGAGCUAGCCAAACUGAGGCUCCUACUUACCCAUUAAAAUUACCCUCAGUGUGCUGUUGCAUGAAGAGGGUCCCUUAUAAAUUGUUGUGCUUGGACACGAUUUUCUUGUUUAAAGCUCCAUGGAACGUCCAAGAGGAGCAAUUGCAUCAAACUGCCCAUCAUAUGGGACUUUCACUCAUCCCAUUUCUUAAAAAAGCAGGGUUGUGGGAAUCCACUCUCAAUGAACUGAGAGCACAGAGGUUUCAGAGUCACUCUUUCCCUUUGUCAAAUUUUCCCGUACGACCAAUCAUGAAUUCCCCUUAGAUGGUAACCAAAACAAAGCAAAAGUAGUCAUGGAGGUUGCUUUAUAAACAACCUGUCAGGGAGAAUAUGGCUUUAAUAAAGUUCUGGUUGAAAGUACAGCUGUUUGCUGUUCCUCCAGUUUGCCAUUGUGUUGGCUCUGUAAGUAGUGCUGAGGGGAAAGUCGGGCGACUUUCAUGCAUUCCAGAGUAGUCUAUUUUUCUGUUCCGAUAAAAAAAAAAUGGGGUGGGGGUGGGGAAUGAUAUAUAAAUAUAUGACUGUAUUUUUAGCAAAUUUAUAAUAGGGCAAUCAAGUCAAAAUUCUUCUUUUGUAUUACAGAAUAAUAUAUUAGAGUCUCUAUUGUCAACAAUUUCCAUAGUUGACCUUCUUAUUUCAUUUUGCGUGUGUGUCCGUUCUAAAGGAAUGUUACAGUAUUUUCCCACUGAACUGUGAUGACUGCAAAAAAAGGUCGCGGAGUCCAACGUUGUCGUGUUUUGAUAUUCUCCUUAAUCUGUCAGAUGUUUCAAAAGUGCAAAUGGGAGUUAACGUGAAGAUUUCCUCCUUCUGUGGGAGUGUGUGUAUGUUUGCGCGUGCCAGUCAGAAUGGCUCAGACUCUGAUCUAAGUGGAACGCAGACAUGUAAUCCGUUAACUUCAUACUUUGACCUCCGUGAGGUCCCUUCCAGAUGUACAUCAGUUAUAAUAAGAUUAAAACCAAUCAGAGUGCAUGGAUUAUGUAAUGGGCUCAAUCCUUUGGCCAGGAUAAGUGGCCAGUUGAGAAGAUCUUAUCCACCGCAUGUUUUGUGUGCAAAAAAAGUGGGUGAUCCAAGAGUCCAGACCACCCUUUCCCAGCCUGGUGCUAUCCAGAUGUUCCCAUCAGCGCCAGCCAACGCAGGCGGGAGCUGAAAUCUAGAGGGCACUAAGGUUGAGGAAGCCUGGUCCAGAUAAUUCAGAAUUCCCCUCCCCUUGAGAUCAGGAACUGGUGCUGGUGUGGUUAGGAAAGAGCACUCUGCACACCUUCAGAAGCACAGCAUUUACCAGGCAGUGUGAAACCAUAAUUAAAACACAGUCCCAGCAAAGACAAGAUACACAGAAACAAAAAGGCUUCCCUCACAGCCGGGCAUAAGCUUAUCUGUGUCAGCUUCACAGCACCACACAUCCUCCCAGGAAGUAUAAACCUGCCUGCUAGCCUCCAGUGCGAUUCCUCCUGCAGAGACCAGUGGGAAAGACGCUUGCCAACUUUUGAGUGGAAGCUGCGCUCUGGGGCCUGUAACAGCUGCCUGGCACUCGGAAAUUUAGCAAGUGGCGUCUUCUCGAUUGCUUCAUCUCCGUGCCGAAUAAAAAAGAAAGAAAGCUGUUGAAGGCACAGGAGGCAACGGAGCCCGUGUGGUGUAAUGGUUAGAGUGCCUGGGAGACUAGAGUUCGAAUCCCCACUCAAUAAAUAAGUGGCAGGCACAGGAAACAGGGAAGUAGCUUCCACUUAAUGCAAAGACAGACUUUGGUUUAAGGGAAGGGGUUUUGCAGAGGGGAAAGAGCAGGCAUGGAUGCUUCAGUCACCUGCUCCCUGCACUUCUGCGCUGCAGGCUUCAGUAUUUCCUCCUUUUCAAAUGUAAUCUUACAUCAAGCAAAAGGGCUGUAGCGCUUUGCAUGCAAAAGGUCCCAGUUUCAAUCAUCAUGUAGGGCUGCAGAGGGAUGGCACUCUGUCUAAAACCCUAGAGAGUCACUGCUGUUAGUGUAGAGUCCACAAACAAUACUAAGCUAGAUGGACAUGAUAAAAGGCAGCUUCCCACAUCCCUUAUCACCACACUUACUAGGUAAUGAGACCAAGAGCCCUGCCUUCAUUUGCAUCUGGUUACUCUAUUCCUUGCAUAGACUAGAGGGAUUUGCCCAAGUAUAAACUGAGCAAAGAAUCCACAAUUUGUUCCAAUUAGGAUCUGACAUUGCUUAGAUGUGCUGGGAUAUGUAAUCAAGCAGCUGCUGUAGGCCAGGAAUAGCUAGCAUGGCAUCCGCCAGCUGUUGUGGACUACAGCUCCCAUCAUCCCUCACCACUGGCCAUACUGGCUGGCACUGAUGUGAAUUGGUGCCCCAAACGCCUGGAGGCUACCACUUUGGUUACCUCUGUUAUAUAUACAUAUAGCAUGUGGCCAGAUUUGUUUGUUUGUUUUUUCUGUUCCUUUAUAAUAAAGAGCUGAUUCCAUUGCAUCAACAGAAUCACACGGUGUGGAAAUUUAUUAUAUAGGCCUCCAGCUCUGACAAGCAAAGGCUCCGACAUGCUCUAACAUGAAACCAUGUGUUAUAUGGAACUUUCAUAAAAGUAAUUGAAUAAUGGGAAGAGCUGGUGCCAGAUAUCUAGCAGUCUGAAGAAAUAGCCAAUGGUUAGAUAGAUGAUAGAUAGAUGAUAGAUAGAUAGAUAGAUAGAUAGAUAGAUAGAUAGAUAGAUAGAUAGAUGAUAGAUAUAGAUGAUAGAUAGAUGAUAGAUAGAUAGAUAGAUAUAGAUAGAUUUGCAGUAUAUGCAACAAGAUGUGAACCUGUGACUGCCUUGUGCUGCAAAAUACCAUUUUACCACAUUAAGCCUUUAAUAGUUCAAAUGGACAUGUUUGUCCCAAAUGUCAGCUGGUCCUCUGAUUAUCCAGUUUAGGAACCUUUUACGCAGGUACAAGUAGUGAAAUGCAUUCAUUAGGAUGGGCAGGAUGUAUGUAUACUACAUCUCCCAUCAUCCCUGAUUAGUAGCCAUGCUGGCUAUGAGAAACUGGGAGAAACCAAAAUCGGUAUAUUCUCCCAGCCCUAAAGGCCUGGAUAUUCUUCUGUAAAUUGCACAACCCACAGAAGUUCCAGCUGGUGGAAGUGAGGCCAUCUAGUGGGCUGGUAGGUGGGUUUUGCCCUGGCUGUAAUGGGGUCCCCAUCUUAAGUGAUUUAUUUCCUGUCCCAAAGAGAAGCCAACGGCAUUCCGCUAUGUGGGAGAAAGCAAAGAGCUAUGCAACAUGGACUCAUUGGGUAUGUAAUUUCAAUCCCAGGCAUCUCCAGCUAAAAGGGGCCGUGUAGCAGGUGAUGGGAUAGACUUUUCUGCCAGAGGUCCUGGGGAGCCAGUGCCAGACAGAAAAAGCCACACUAGAUGGACAAAUAGCUUUAUCUGGUAUAAGCAGUAGUGCACAGAAUGGUGCUAUCCUGACUUCCUGACAGGUGAGUCACUGCUGCUUACCAGGAGGGAGAAGGGCAAGCUAGCAAGGUUGGUGCAGUGCAAAUGCACCAGCAGAGUCAAUCCACUGUUGCUGCCACUGUGCUUGCACUACACCACCACUUUGCCCCUCUCCUUGCCAGUAAGCAGCAGUAAUUCACCUAUCAGGAGGUCUGCCCCACCAUGCUGGCUGCUACUGGGUCUAAGGCACCUUCCUGUGCUCCUCUAAAAAAGCACUGCGCACUCACUCACACACACAGGUUCUCUGCAGAAAUUACAAAGCUGCAACUGGCGAGUUUAAGGAUCUGCUACAAACAUCCCCAUGCUGAAACCAAGAAAAAAUAGUUCAAGAGUUGUUGGCCAGCCCUCUUCUAAGGCAAAGAACUUAAUAGAAGAGCACUGUUUUACCUUAGGCUAAAAUGCUUGUGCCACAUAGCCCUACAGCUAAUGGAAAGCUACACCUUUGGUAUGGCCUUUGGACACUGUCCAACUUUGGAAACUUGGCUGCUGGAGAAACAGAAGAGAUUAUACUAGGGGUGAACCUGAGUUUUAAAAAGUGCUCAUUUACUACAAAUGCAGGGAAGUUAAGAACAUGUGUUGUUCUUCAUUCUAGUCCACAACAGCUCCAGGAGCAGGCAACAUGGUGGAGUGGAGUGACCUCCCUGCUGCUUACCAGGAGGGUGAGGGGUAAGGCAGUGGGGAGGGUGGUGCAGUGCUAAUGCACUGGCAGGAACAUCAAAUUGGUUCUGUUGAUAUGUUUGCACUGCAACAACCUUGCCACUGCAUCACCUUUUCUGCUCCCCAGUAAGCAGCAAUGGAAGGUCAUUUAUGCACCUCUGCUUCCCCACUCAAUCCAGUACUCCACAGCUAAUAGGGGGCAUUCCUUAUUCCAGAACACAGUAGCCUUCCCCAAAUUGUACAGAAAAGAAGCCAGAUCUCCACAGAAGCCAAAAGUCGGGUACAGCACAAUCUUACACCUGCCUACUCUGAGGUAUCUCUCUUUCGAGUUCAAUGGGGAUUACACUUAGUAAAGUGAUAUGGGAGUCUAGCUAUGACCCCCAUAUACUCUGCUCUAAGCUCCCUGGAGAAAGAAUAGGAUACAAAGGCAAUAAGUACACAAUAAAGGCCUAUUUCCAUUUCAUCGGCAUCCAGUUUUGAAACAGACCUGCCUUUGUCCAAGAGAGGAAAUUUAGAUCAAGUGAAAAACAGCUUUUCUUGAAUCAGCUGUUGGGGGGGGAAUGUUUUCAAUUAUUGAUUGAUCCACUGACACUCUCAUCUCACUCUUAUUUCUUGGAUACCAGUGUGUCCCUUCCUCUACCCUCUCCUCUCAAUUUUAAAAUAUAGUAACAAAAUGGAGGGGGGCUAUAAAUAAAUAAGUUAUAAAGUGAAUAGUCUGUUUGGUUAGAGCAGGCGUUGGGAACCUUUGACCUUCCAGGUGACGUUGGAGUCCAGCUCCCCUCAGCACCAGCCAGCAUGGCCAAUAGCAGCAAUGAUGGGUGUUGUAGUUCAGUAACAUCUGAAGGAUCCCCCUGCCAUUCCUGCCGAGUCAGGGUUUUUCUCUAAUUAAAAGGUGCAUGUUCUUCUCAGCAUUAAGCAGGAAAUCCCCAAAACUGGGCUUCCAGAGGCAAGAAUCUAAGCUACUGCUUUCUGACCUGAUGUUCAUUGUUGAAUCAAAUGCUCCUGAUCAAACUUCCACAUCAACUCUUAUUUUAUUUUAUUUAAUAUAUUUCUAGGCCUCCCUUCAGCCACAGUUCCCAAGGUGGAACUCAGGGCUCACCCACAAUUAUUUUUUGCCCUGCACUUUUUGGGCAGAGAUCUUUGCUUUAAAACUCCAUGUCUGAGCACCGUUGUUUUUUUCCUCCAGAGCUUUCCCCAUGAAAACCCGCUCUUUAAAGCUCAGUCAACACAAACAGGAGUCUGUGAGUCAACCGUUGAAUGUUCACGCACAAUACACACACAUCUGUGAACAGGCCUUCAGACAGUCCUUCCCAACUGGGAUUUAAGUUUCUGCCUUGUGGUCCUGAGUCAUUGAACAGUAUUUUAGUUCUGGUUAUUUUCCUUGCAUGCUUCCUCUUCUUCCCCUCAUUUCUUGUCCCCACCUCCUUUGCUUCAGAAAUACUUGUCUCAAUGUGACAUUCUUAGCCACUGAGGCCAGAUAGCCAGUGUUUUUGGCCACAGAGAGCUGCAUUUUAAAAAAAAAUAAUAUUUCUAUUACGCCAGGAAACUUGUUAGGAGUCUUUGCCUGUUUAUUUUUGUGUAUCUACAGAGUUGCUUCUCACCUUCUCUUUGCCCUGUCUUCUGUGAACUUUUCAGCUAUGGAAACACAGCCGCAACAUCAAAAGAACUAUUGCCCCCCCC